AUGGAAAAAGGUAAUCACUCCACAGUGGCCAACUUCUUUCUCACUGGGUUAACAGACCAACCAGAGCUGCAGCUGCCCCUGUUUCUCCUCUUCCUGAUCUACCUGCUCACAGUGCUGGGGAACCUGGGAAUGAUCAUCCUGAUCCUACUCAGUACCAACCUGCACACCCCCAUGUACUUCUUCCUCAGCAGUCUGUCCUUCAUUGACCUCUGCCAAUCUACUGUCAUUACCCCCAAAAUGCUGGUGAACUUUGUGACAGAGAAUAAUGUCAUCUCUUACCCUGAAUGCAUGAUUCAACUUUACUUCUUUCUCCUUUUUGCUAUUUCAGAAUGUUACAUGUUGGCUGCAAUGGCCUAUGAUCUCUAUGCUGCCAUCUGUAGCCCCUUGCUUUACAGUACCAUCAUGUCUCAACAGGCCUGCCUUUCUCUAAUUUUAGGAGUUUAUAUUAUAGGUGUAGUGUGUGCAUCAGCUCAUGUAGGAUGUAUGUUUAGGAUUCAUUUCUGCAGAUUUGAUUUGAUCAACCAUUAUUUCUGUGAUCUUAUUUCUGUCCUUAAGCUUUCCUGCUCUAGUGUUUAUGUGAAUGAAUUGAUGAUUCUAAUACUUAGUGGAAUUAAUAUUAUUGCCCCAACCCUGACCAUCCUCAGUUCUUAUGCUUUUAUCAUUAUCAGCAUCCUACACAUUAAAACUACUGAGGGCAGAUCUAAAGCCUUCAGCACCUGCAGCUCCCACAUCUCAGCUGUUGCUGUCUUCUUUGGUUCUGCUGCAUUUAUGUAUCUAAACCCAUCAUCUUCCAGCUCCAUGGAUGAAGGGAAAGUGUCUUCUGUGUUUUACACCAUCAUUGUGCCCAUGCUCAACCCCCUGAUAUACAGUCUGAGGAAUAAGGAUGUCAGUAUUGCACUGAAGAAAAUGAUAGAAAGAAGACCAUUCUUGUGA